AAUAAACCGCAGCCGCGGUUCGGAUCGGGGAUGGCUUGCGAUUCAGGAUCUCCACGCGCGCUUGAUUGGCAAAAGUGGAGAACAGAGUCUGCAUCGUUGCCCUGACUGCGGCGCUUCAAUGGCCCAGCCUCGUUGGCGAUUUUGCACUGGGGAUCUUCUGCGUCAAUCCCACUGCAUAGUGACACUGCGUUGACGUCGACGAGACUCGAUGGCAUCCUGUCGAUCGCAGCACUGGACGAAACGGCCCAAGUGACAUUCCUCUUGGCAGUGAUCAUCGCGCGUCACACCUUCGGAAAGACCAGCAAAGAUGAUCAUUGAUCGGACUAUUACGUUUCUCCUCGUCUGCACCGUUCUCAGAGGAUGUGCAGCUGUGAUGAUCCGCAGACUGAGCGUUCCACGGUGGGUGCGGAACGGCACCGAACUGCCCGUUGUCCUGGACUGUGAGUAUGUGUACAACGAGAACGACCUCAAACUAGUGGUGAAGUGGUACUUCAAUGAUGGCGCCGAGCCAGUUUACCAGUGGAUCCCCGAAAUGAAGUCGCGGGAAUCGUUCGGUGUGCUACAAGGACGACUGGACCCCUCUUUCUCUGUCAACUCUCGUGAUGACUACUCUCAGUAUAGAGCUAUUCGAAUACUGCGGCCCACUAUGGAACUUAGUGGGAAGUAUACGUGCGUCGUGACGUCACUUGCUGGACAAGACACGCGUCAUCAAGACAUGACAGUUUACGUUCCUGCAGAGUCCUUUUCCUUCAACUACACGUCUCCCACUGGAAGUCGUUCCGUGGAACUAACCUGCUUAGGACAGGGGCUCUACCCGAAACCUGACCUGAAGCUCUUUACUAUAAAAGGAGGUCAACGGAGGCCUGCAGCGGUACAAGGUGUUCGCACAUUUACAUCGCAGUCUCCCAAAAGCCUCUUUAACGUCUUGCUGCGUGCUCGGAUGCCCGAGGCCAGUCUCCCGUCCGUAGCUGACAUCUUCGAGUGCGUCCUCGAGAUACCACAUAGCAACUACGUGCUCUCCCGACGCAUGAGCAUAUCACCCGAGCUUACCUGGGGAGCUUUCGGAACUUCCGAAAGCUCGUCUAUGUCGACAUCUUGGGUUUUCUACGUCACAUCAAUCUACAGCAUCUAUAAGUUCCUCUUGUCGCUCUAGCA